AUGGCCCGUUGGCAACGGCCCUCCUACCAAGCACUGUCGCUGCUCGUGCUAGGAUUAUACGUCACUCCAAGAUAUGUGUGCGCUGGUAAUAUCACCGUCGACGAUGCGAAUUCCGACCUCCAGUUCUCAACCGAGUGGAGGAUUGGUCAGACGUGUGGAAACAUAUGUCACCUUCAUCCAGAUUUGAAUUUUGCCUACGGUAGAACAUGGCAUGAUGCCACGCGGAACGCAGGCGAUCGUCCCGUGACUGUAAACUAUACUUUCAAAGGAACUGACCUCUACGUAUACGGCAUCAUGUCCAAUGUCGUGAUGGACAAUACCGUCUCCAACGUGAAUCUCAUCCUCAAAAUUGACGAUGCCGACGUCGCGUCCUUUGCGUUUCAACCCCUCGACUUGAACUCGUACCAGUAUAACACGAGCGUCUUUGCCGUCCACGACUUGUCCGAUGAGUCUCAUCGGAUGAGUGUCGUCUUGCAGCCCAACUCGCAGUUCUCGUUUGAUUACUUGAUCUAUACGACCGGGGGCGGAAAUUCGUUGCAGACGCCUGUUUCAAAUUCUUCAGGCUCGAGCCCAUCGAAUAAUACACCCGUGAUUGCAGGUGCCGUCGCCGGAGGUGUCGUUCUUCUCCUCAUUCUCGCCGCGAUCGCCUUCUUUUUCAUGCGAAGAAGACGAAGGAUUGCCGUCAUAAAAGAGACCGUACCGCCGACGCCGGCAUUUAUAGUCAAUCCAUACCCGUCGACUGGUGGGAGCAGCCAUCUGUUGCAACCUAAUCCCACCCAAUCGAAUGGUCAUCCUUACCAAAAUUCGCAAGGCGUGGAGUCCGGAUACACGACCAGCGAGGCCAAUGCGUACAGCGGCAUCGAGUCUCCCUCCAUGGGCCGCGGCCAAGCCCACCUUUCCAUGCAAAGUCCUGAUCCAACAUUGCAGGGUGGUAUUGGGGCUGUUACUAGCCCCGGCUAUAUAUCGUCCGGUAAGAGUGUGCUACGCCAGCAGCAGCAGCGGUAUGUAGGCGACAGGAUCUACUCGCCUUCCACAUACACCGAGAUUACAGAGGGGAGCUCUGGCGAUCACGCGUCUCCUCCUACUCGACAUGGUGGAGCUAUUGGCGGAGCGACGCCGCUAUUAUCAGGAGCGAGACCUCUGGAAAGGGAGAGAGUGUACUUGGAGCCUCGGACGGCGGGUAGCUCGGAGCCCUCGGCGUAUACGAUUCCCACUGAACAGCCGGCGCCAGGGUUGCACGAGAAGAACGCAUAUAGAGGGCCGGCUCCUGUGCGUUCGUCUCGUGGGGAAGAUGAUGCUGCGACGACGCGGCGGGCGUCAACGGUGAUUCCACCGCCUCCUUAUUAUGCCGGACCGCCCCAGUAG